GUAUGAACUCUCCCCAUUUUGACUUCGUCUUCCAUCAUUCAUUUUUUCAUCUGCUAGUUGCUUGGAAGCACAAGCCUGACCAUGACCACGACGAACAAAGCAAGGAGCCCAUACGUCACAACAACCUUAUAUUUAAUGCUCCUUAGCCGGUCUGAAAACGACCCUUUUAACACCUUGUCCUUUCUAUAUUCAUCCCAUUUCUUCAACCUCAUUUUUCACACUUUCAUGGUCAAUAUCAACAACAACAAGACCAAAAUACAAUCUGGGUCGGUCUUAUUCUUCGCUAUUUCUCUUUCUUUCUAUGUUCUUUUCACUCUCCUUCAUUUGUUAUACUUUGAUUGUUUCUAGUUUUCCAAAUUGAAGACAAAAGAUUCAAACUUUCUCAAAUUCAAAUAGGCCCAUUAAGUUUUUGUGAAAAAUAAGGAAAAACAUGGAAAAGGAGGAUUUUUCUGAGAUGCUUUCAAGGAUGGAAGUUUUGGUUGAUGAGGUUGUUAUUUUUGCUAAGAAAUCUGAAAUUGAGGUAGAGGCUUUUUCGGAGUUUGGAAACUUGGUUGAGAAACUAUCACCAAUCUUGAAUGAAUUGAGUGAUAAAAGUAUUGUUUUGGAUAAGCCGUCGAUAAGAAAAUCGUUGGAAUCUAUUGAGAAUGAGUUACGUCGUGCUAGAAUUUUAACGAAAAGCUUGAAUUUGAGACAUCCGGUUAAGCAAAUUGAGGAUAUGACGCAUGAUAUUGGUCGGUCGUUAGGAGUUUUGCUUGUUGCGAGUCUUGAAGUGUCUAUUGAUUUUAGAGAACAGAUUGGUGUAUUGCAAAGACAGAUGAUGAAUGCAAGAUUUGAUGGUGUUUGGAGUAUGACUUCGAGUCCAAAAUCGGAAAUUUUCGCGAAUGAAAUGAAGACGGUUGGGGAAAUAGAAGAGGAAAUAAUUGAUGUGUCUAUUGGUGAUGUGGUUUUGCAACUUAAGAAUGGUAAUGAUGAAGAAUUCGCGGUUUCGCUUCUGAGACUAAAGGAGUUCAUGAGAAGUGAGAAAUUGGACGGCGGGUUGAUUAACGAGGAAGCAACUAUUUCCAUUCUUUUCAAUCGGCUAAGUACGUGUAAGGCAGAUAAUAGGCUCGCCAUAAUUCAAUUGCUAAGACGUAUUGCUUUCGGAAAUGACGAGAAAAAGGAGAAGAUGGUUGAGGUUGAGUUUUUAUCGGCAGUGGUGAAGUCUCUUACAAGGGAUUCAGAAGAGAGAAGAGAAGCUGUAGGGUUGUUGCUAGACCUCUCUAACGUUCAAGCCGUUCGAAGGCGGAUCGGAAGAAUUCAAGGCUGUAUUGUUAUGUUGGUCGCCAUUCUUAACAGUGAUGACUCAGUUGCUUCACACGAUGCCGCAAAGUUGUUAGAUAUUUUAUCGAGUAAUAAUCAAAAUGCACUUCAUAUGGCCGAGGCCGGUUACUUUAGGCCGCUAGUUCAGUAUUUGAAGGAAGGCUCUGACAUGAACAAAAUCCUAAUGGCGACGGCACUUUCUAGGUUGGAACUUACCGAUAACAGCAAACUUACCCUCGGAGAAGAUGGAGCGAUCGAGCCACUUGUCAAAAUGUUCGUCACUGGGAAACUCGAAUCCAAGUUAUCAUCGCUAAACGCACUACAAAAUCUAUCUAGUUUGACCGAAAAUGUGCAACGUUUAAUUCAAUCAGGAAUUACAGGAUCUUUGCUACAACUUCUUUUCUCGGUAACAUCCGUGCUCAUGACUCUAAGAGAGCCUGCAUCAGCCAUUCUUGCAAGAAUCGCUCAGUCGGAAUCCAUACUCGUUAAUGAAGAUGUUGCUCAACAGAUGCUUUCGCUUUUGAAUCUUUCGAGCCCGAUAAUUCAGAGUCAUCUAUUAGAAGCUCUCAAUAGCAUGUCUUCGCAUCUCGGCGCAUCGAAAGUGAGAAGAAAAAUGAAAGAAAAAGGUGCACUUCAACUACUCUUACCCUUUCUUAAAGAAAGUAACACCAAAAUCAGGUGUAAGGUCUUGAAUUUGCUAUACACGCUCUCUAAAGAUAUAACCGACGAACUAACAGAAUAUCUCGACGAAACUCAUCUUUUAGAAAUUGUUAAUAUUGUCUCAACGUCCACGUCAGAGAGUGAAAAAGCCGCUGCGGUUGGCAUCCUGAGUAACCUUCCUGCUAGCGAUAAAAAAGUAACCGAUAUUCUAAAGCGUGCAAAUCUGCUACCGAUUUUGAUAUCAAUUUUGUAUUCUAGCAAUGCAAGUAAAUCACCAUCAACAAAUAGCUUAACCGAGAGCGCCACCGGUGUUAUAAACCGCUUCACGAACUCAUCCGACAAGAAACUACAACUCGUUUCAGUACAGCACGGGAUAAUCCCUUUGCUCGUAAAAUUACUCUCAACCGGUUCACCGAUCACGAAGUCAAGGGCUGCAAACUCCUUAACUCAACUAUCACAAAACUCUCUUUCUCUAAGAAAAUCUAGAAAAUCAAGAUGGUUAUGCGUUCAACCUUCAAAAAACGCAUAUUGCGAAGUUCAUGACGGAUAUUGCGUUGUCAAUAGCACAUUUUGUAUAGUAAAAGCGGGUGCGGUUUCUCGACUUAUCGAGAUAUUGGAAGAUAAAGAGAAGGAAGUAGUUGAAUCUUCUCUUGUUGCACUUUCAACUCUCUUGCAAGAUGAAAUAUGGGAGAAUGGUGUGAAUUUCAUUGCUAAAUUAUCAGGUGUGCAAGCUAUUAUAAAAAGCUUAGAAGUUGGUGAUGCAAAGGUUCAAGAAAAAGCAUUGUGGAUGUUGGAGAGAGUAUUUAAGAUUGAAGAACAUAGAGUGAAAUAUGGAGAAUCUGCUCAAGUGGUGCUUAUUGAUUUGGCACAAAAAAGUGAUUCUAGACUUAAGUCAACAGUUGCAAAAGUAUUGGCUGAGCUAGAGCUUUUGCAAGAUCAAUCAAGUUACUUUUGAAACAAGGCUUUCAUUAUGAGAAUUACUAUUGUGGAAGUGAUUUUUUGUUUUGCAAUCAAUUCAUUUAUAUAUUUUUUGGUGUACAUGCUUGUAUUUUAGAUUGUUUGGGAUGAAAUACAUAAAGCUAUAUAAAUGUAUGUAAUAAUUUGUUAGAAAUGAAAGAUUGUAAAAUAAGUUCAGGUGGACUAUGUAAGUAUAUCAUAAUAUUGGUAUUGUAGAAACAAGUCACGUAUCCAAGUCAACUGUCUCCACAUUAAUCUCUUUUUUAAUAUUUCCGGGAAAGUAUUCAUCACCAACCUCAAAUUUAG